AUGGCGAUGACGAACGCCAGAGCGCUGUGCCUCUCCGUCGCGAUCGUCUUCUCCGUGCUCUCCCUCGCCGCCGGCGAGGGAUCCAAGGAGGCGGACAAGAUCGCGGCGCUGCCCGGCCAGCCCAAGGAUGCGGUCCUGCAGCAAUACUCCGGCUACGUCAACCUCGGUGAUAAGUACGGGAAGUCGCUCUUCUACUACUUCGUGGAGGCCACCGCUGAUCCGGCUACAAAACCGCUGGUUCUCUGGCUCAAUGGAGGGCCUGGCUGCUCGUCUUUUGGAAUCGGAGCGCUCCAGGAAAUCGGCCCGUUCCGUGUCGACACGGAUGGCAAGACCCUCUGCAAACACAAGUACACCUGGAACUCAGUGGUGAACAUCCUGUACCUGGAGAGCCCCGUGGGCGUGGGCUUCUCGUACGCCGCCGACACGGAGGUGUACAAGGCGAUGGGCGACAACAUGACGGCGAGCGACUCGCUCCAGUUCCUGCUCAAGUGGCUGGACCGGUUCCCCGAGUACAAGAACCGCGACUUCUUCAUCGUCGGCGAGAGCUACGCCGGCCACUACGUCCCCGAGCUCGCCACAGCCAUCCAGGUCGCCAAGAUCACCCGCCCCGCCGAGGUCCCCAUCAACCUCAAAGGAAUCGCCCUGGGGAACGCGAUCCUGGAGUUCGCGGCGGAGCAGGCCGCGCUGUACGAGUACCUGUGGCAGCACGCGUUCAUUUCGGACUCGGGGCACAACAUGAUCGCCCAGAACUGCAAGAAUAUCGACGACAACUCGCCGCUCUGCUCAGGGGCCAAGGACACGGCAUACGGCCAGAUCGGCAACGUCGACGUCUACAACGUCUACGCCGCGACCUGCCAUGAUAAGAAAGCCAAGGCAACAGGGUCCAACUGCAUGGACUUGGCUGAUCCUUGCGCCCAGUACUACGUGGAAGCGUACCUGAACCAGCCGGAGGUGCAGAAGGUCAUCCGUGCCAACACAGGGCUGAAGUACAAUUGGACUAGAUGCAGGAGCACGACCUACAACCUGUACAAAUUCGGGGUUUCGCCCUCCACUUCGAUGCUGCCGUACGUCAAGGCCCUCGCCAACAGCGGCAUCCGCGUCUGGGUCUUCAGCGGCGACCUGGACGCGAUGGUCCCCGUGACCGCGACGAAGAAGUCCAUGCAGAAGCUCGGGCUCCCCGUCACCGCCGACUGGCGCCCCUGGUCCACCGACGGCCGGGAGGUCGGCGGGUACGUGAUCGAGUACAAGGGCGUGACGUUCGUGACGGUGCGCGGGUCCGGGCACAUGGUGCCGAUCGACCAGCCGGACCGCGUGCUCGUGCUCUUCAAGUCCUUCCUCGAGGGGAAGGAGCUCCCCAAGGCCGCGCCCAUGGUCGACUGAGAAGUGACAACCGGCAUGCGAGCGAGCCACCGGCGGCAGGCCGGCCUUCUCCGAUCAAGAAGCCACGGUGGUGGCCGCGUGGGACAAGACAAGGUCCGAUGUUCGCUCCCAGUGGUGCUGCGCUCGCGUCCGUCCGUCCUCUUUAACUAUUAACUGCCGGGUUGUACUGUCCAAAGCUGUAUGAAAUGUACCGUGUACAAUGUUUCCAUGGUGUCAAAGAAUUGUCCGACGUCUCCUUUCAGGGAAAAUGAAAUUUUGUCUGGAAUGUCUCGGCA